AUGCGAAGAAAUAUCAUUCUUGUAUCAAUAAAUUUCAUAAUUAUUUGCGCGGCCAAUUCUAAUAUCACAAAGUCAAAAGAGAUAGAAGCUUUAGAAAAAGAGAAAAGUGAUCUGUUACAGAAAAUAAACAGGGCUAUAGAUGAUAGUGUAAAAAUACUAGAAACGAAUAACGAUAAUGAAUUACAACUGGGUGCAAAUCAUUUGAAAGAACUCAAAACUCUGAUAAAAAUACUGAACGAAACAGAAGAUGUGCUAACCACAGAACUGACACGUGAAGAUUCGUAUUCAGAAUUCUACAAUCAAAGAAAUAUGAAUAAUAGUUCAACAGACGGAAGAAAAUCACUUCAUAAAACCAAGAAAAAUAAAAAAGAACUUCCCUUCGAUUUACUCGAUAUGACGAACCUAUUUCCGAAGAAAGGUAAUGCUAAGAAUAAUCGCACAGAAAAUAUAUUAAAAAUUCAAUCAAAACUGGACCAGUGGAUUUUAGAAAGAAAAAGAGAAAAGGAACGUAUUCGAGAGCACAGAGAAAAGAAAAGGAAGCUGUAUAAAUUUGAGAAGUGUCCGAGGUUUGGAUUGUCUAAUGGAAAGAACACUUUAAAAAGGGGUACAUCAAAAAGCAGAAAUUACCCCUGUUGCAGGAAGUGUUGCAAGAAAUCUUACAUGGGUUGUUUAUAA